CUCUUUAGCGUCAGUUACUCUGAGAUUCAGUAUCUCAUUUUCAGUCUAGGGGCUUUUUAAAAAGAGCUAGUAGUCUCAAUGUCGGACGUGCUAUGACAGCGUCAUUACUUCUCCAUUCCCGCUGGAUUGACCCGGUGAUGUUCGUCUACGACAACGGUUUAGAUGAAGUGAACAAAAAUAUGGAAGGAUUUGCGGGAGGCAAUUUUGCUGCAAACCAGUGCAGGAAUCUGAUGGCGCAUCCGGCAUCCCUGGCCCCGAGCGCUACUUACACGUCGAGUGAGGUGCCAGCGUCUGGCAUGGGCGAAUCUGUCAAACAGUGCAGUCCCUGUUCCGCCGCACAGAGUUCCACCAGCGCUUCUCUACCCUAUGGCUAUUUUGGCAGCAGCUACUAUCCGUGUAGGAUGUCACAGCACAGCAACAUAAAAUCGUGCGCACAGCCUUCUUCAUAUGCAGAGAAGUACAUGGAGACAUCUGUCUCUGGGGAGGAAUUCACCUCUAGAGCCAAGGAAUUCGCUUUCUAUCAAGGUUAUACCACCAGCCCUUACCAACCUGUCCCCAGCUAUUUGGACAUGCCUGUUGUGCCCACCAUGAGUGGCCCAACAGAGCCCAGACAUGAUUCUCUGUUGCCCAUGGAAAGUUACCAACCAUGGGCUAUCACCAACGGGUGGAACAGUCAAGUUUACUGUGCUAAGGACCAGGCGCAGCCCAACCAUCUGUGGAAGUCGUCAAUUCAAGACGCAGUGACUCACGCAGGAGAAGGCAGUUCUAUUCGACGUGGAAGAAAGAAGCGUGUGCCAUACACGAAGGUACAGCUGAAGGAACUGGAGCGGGAGUAUGCCACUAAUAAAUUCAUUACAAAGGACAAGCGAAGACGGAUAUCCUCCCAGACAAACCUAACCGAACGACAAGUCACAAUCUGGUUUCAGAACAGGCGAGUAAAAGAGAAGAAAGUCGUCAACAAAUUCAAGACCGCCAGUUAGCUUUAACAAAAAUGAAGAAGAACAAAUGUAAAGCUGACUUGAAGGCUGGUCUAUUUUGAAAAAAGAAGUAAAACAACACCUUAUGACCUAUAUACUGUUUUAACAGGCCACUACUCAGCUUUAGUGGAUUGUUUAGAAUUGGAGUGGCACCCGUCAUGCUGGCCGCAUAAGGUCUCGCGGGUCUGAAGCUAAAAUGGGAAAUGUUAGACCUCCAUCUUGAUGUUAAACAUGACUUCUGAGAAACGUCGUUCAUCCGAUUGACAUCCACAUUGCUCCACUGAUCAUCGAGUUGGAGAUGUUGCAAUUUUCGGUUAAAUACAAAUAUAUAGAUGCGCUAUGCUUAUAAUGUCCAGGAAAUGAAGAGGCAUAAAGUGUGUAUUUAAACAUUUUUUAAUAAUUAUUAUUUAAAGUGGCACUAAAUCUUAAAGAGAUUGCAGGAAAUACGUGGUUUUGAAUUUACCAAUGCAUUUACAUAAACAAUCGCUUUAAACACACGUUUGAUUAAUGAAUCAAAUGCUGCCGUUUUCAGCGUUUCUAAGAUACCUAUCCGAUAGUUUACCUUAUUUGCAAGUUCUUGUCAUAAUCAGCUGCUGAUGCAGUCUCACUUUUAUUUUAAAAUAUCUUUUGGGAACCCAAGGCAUUGAGAUGUGCCCGUGUACAAUAGCAUUUCAAUAAAAUUGGCUUUGUUGUAAAUAAAACCAAAACUAGUAAGUUAUUACAUAUUUGAACUGCUCCCUUUAUGUAUGUCUACAUAGACAAACUCCACCCAAAUAAAAGCUGAAAUUGUGAAAUUGAAUGUGAAUUUUGAAUAAUAUUGUUAUGUUCAUUUACACAGGAAGACUGUCUUUAAAAUCCUGAUAUAUUUUACAAAAGUGUGGCCUUCUGUUUUGUAGCACAUUUUGGGUCAUUUUCAACCGAAAAUCGAGAAAGAUAUGUUUCACAAUUACACAGUAAAAUGUCCAGGGUUCAUUCAACUCCAACAAUGUUAAUUCAACUGUUAUCAGAUAACAUUUGGUCCCAUAUUCGAGAGUUAUCUAUUGAGUGUUGAAUUAACAUUGGACAUUUUACUGUGUAAUAGUGUCAAAUUAGUUUUCUUUUUUAAACUUUGUUCAAGUCCAAUAGCUUUACAGUUAAGAUUACUUAUGGUAUGCCUGUUCAAGAAAUAGGGAUUUCGACCUAUUUUAAAGAUUGAACUGGGCAUGAUGUCGUUAACCCUGAGAAAGACCUGAAGUUUGAGAAUGGCUAAAUAUGGGAAAUGUCGACAUGUAGUAUAGAACAAUAUCGCCAUCUGGUGAUCAAGAUGUGGCAUUACGUUAGUUUUUUAAAUACUUGCGCGCAGGCACUGCCAUUCGCUUCAACCCCCCUCACAUAUUAAAUAAAAAAUAAACAACGGGACAAAAAUAAUAAUGGUGGAAUAACAUAUAGAGUUUUUGAUGUUUCAGUACAACUCUGGAAUUAAGUUGUUGCUGUUUUGUGAAUGAGUGUCACUUGUCAAAUAAUCAUUUUAGCCUAUUUGUAGAAACAUUUGGUGCUACCUGCACAUAUAAGGCGUCACACCAUUCAAUUCCCUAAGGGGGGUCAGUACAAAAUAAUAUAUAUCACUGUUAGUUAGGCCAAGCCUCCCGACUACACCUUUCAUUAAAGAAAAAACUAUCUAAAUGUAUCAAAACACCCAGUACACUAA